UGAUGUUCACUCCACUGUCAUCACAAUUUGCCUCCUGAAGAAGGCGCCAUAGAAUAACCUAGACAAAUAUUGGAUUUUUUCCCCCCUUUUUCGUUCUUCCUCUAAAUCUUUGUUUCACACUGUCCUGCAGUUUUGUUUUUUUUACGUCUCACUGAAACGCACAUGUAUUGUGCACUGAAGACUCAGUCACGCACAUGUGGGGAAAAAAAUGAAGCCUAUGUUUUUGUUCUUUUUCAUCAUGUGGUUUCCAUCCGCGGAGCUGAAACCUCGGAGAGGCUCCGGAGUGGUUUGUACUUUUAAAGACAAAACCUACAGACCAGGAGACAGCUGGCAUCCCUAUCUGGAGCCUUUUGGAUACAUGUUCUGCAUGCGCUGCGUCUGCACAGAGACAGGCCAUGUGAAGUGCAACACUAUCAAGUGUCCUGCGCUGGCGUGUGAGAACCCCGUGACAGAGCCUCAGCGGUGUUGUCCAAGGUGCACAGAUGAGCCCAGGAUCCCCGCAGGGCUGAGGGCGCCAGUCAAAACCUGCAGCCACAACGGGACUGUCUAUCAGCCAGGGGAGACCUUCACCAUCCAGAGCCUCUUUUCAUCCAGGCAGAGCAAUCAGUGCGUCAUGUGCACAUGCUCAAAUGGAAACAUCUUCUGCGCUCUGAAAACAUGCCAACCUGUCACCUGUCCUUCACCAGUUUCUCUCCCAGAUUCCUGCUGUUCGGUGUGUAAAGACCACAGCAGCAGCAGCGGCUCAUCGUCCACCGAGGAUGGAAACCAUCAGCUGAACAGAGGCGUCAGGCAUUCAGUCGACCAGUGUUCUGGCGAGCAGAGCAGGGUGAGGUCGGACCGUGCCACCAGGAUGAAGGCCUCUGCCAGGGCUCUGAGCCUCAGCAGGCUCAACCUCAGAGGGGCCCCGGAGACCACGGUGAGGAUUUUACUGCAGAGGAAACACCAGCGAGUGUGUUUAUACAAUGGCAAGACGUACUCUCAUGGAGACAUGUGGCAUCCAGUUUUGGGGAAGGUCCUGGAAUGCAUCGUUUGCACUUGCAUCGAUGGCCUCCAAGACUGCAAGCGCAUCACGUGUCCGGGCCAGUAUCCGUGCCAGCAUCCAAUAAAAUUGGCUGGUAAAUGCUGCAAGACUUGUCCAGGUAAAGAGAGAAAAGCUGAAAUGAACCAGACCCAGUGCUACCCUGGGUAUAAAAACAACCUUUUGGUGUAUAAAGUAGAACGAGUCUUGAAAGUUGAUUCUCCCAACACGGUUAGAAUCAUCGCUGCUCAAAGACAAAGCACUGCUGAGAUUGAAGUGCAAGCCUGGAACACAGCAGAAGGUACUUUACAAAUAAUGGAGAUUGGCAACGUUCAAAGGAAAGACAUCACAGAUCAUCCGGAAAAUUACACUCUUCUUACCGCUCUUGAUGAAGACACGUGGACAAAAUUUAAAGAGUUGGGAGAAAACCUGAGCAGAGCUUCUCAGACCACCAUUUGUGGAAACGGCAUUCGGGAAAUAAUGACGUUCUUGAAUCCAAAGCAAACUGAAGGCCUGUGUUCACCAUAGCAACCACUCAUGAUAUCAGUAUUCACACUCAAUUGUGUAUCAAAUGACAUGUUAUUCAUACAAGCUGCACUUGUUUUAUUUUAUUUUAUUUUAUUUAUGCAAGUGAACUUUCUUACUCUUAAUGUUUUUUAUGCAUCUUUGCCAUUUUUGUCUGGUAUCGUCAAACAGCGGUGAUGUUGACAUCCAUCUUGGUUGUUUACGAUUCUUGUAAUAAAUCUAAACAUUAUUAGAUUUGAUAAAUUAGGUUUGAAGCUAGAACCAUGAUGACAAUAGGCAUAUUGCACUAGCUGCAUACACCUGUCGCUCGUUACAUUAUGACCAGCGACAGGUAAAAUGGAAAAUGCCGCUUUGCAGUUACGGCUGGCAGUGAGUUUUUUAAUAGCACAGGAUGUUAGCAUAGGGAUAAAAUGAAUGCUAGCAUUGUGUAUGUAAUGCUGAUGUGUUGGAAGAGAAAAAAAAAAAAAAACCUACGUAAUUGUAAGAAUUGAGGCGAUUUUGACAGAUGACAGAUCAUGAUGGCUGUACAAUCGUAACAUGUCCGCAGUGGCAGCUCUGGUGUGAUGGCUGGUUGUAUUGGUGUUUGGGCCUUUAGCAACACCAGUUUUCUGGUCUUAAUUCUCCCAAGACCGGGACCACUGGCAACACUUAGGCCAUCAAAUGAUAACUUGUAUAGCACGUUAUCAAAUCUAGAGGACCCCAAAGUGCUGCAGACUACCUUCAGUCAUUCACCCAUUCACAUGCUGAUGGUAGUGAGCUACUGGGUAGUAGCCACAUCUACCCUGGUUCCCAGUGACAGAGACGAGGCUACUGGACUCUCUGACCACCGUCAGCAGAGGAGAUGGUGGUCAUUGUGUUCAAGGGCAUAAUGACAGAAUCAAACCAGCAACCCACCAAUUGAGGGAUGAUCUUCUACUAUCCGUUGCCACUGUCGUCCCUUAUACUUUUUCCCUGUCAUGUUCAUUACUUUCUCUAUUUUCUCUUUCAGUUUGUGGUAUUUCUCAGAUUUCUCACUUUGGAUUGCUAAGUUUUCUUCUUCUACAUCUUUUCUGGAUAGCCAUCUCCUGCCUCAGACUUAUCAUCCUCAGCUACUCUUGUUGGUGUUUCCCAUUUCGACAGCGAAACCUUCAGCCCAGACUUAGCACAGAUGUUCUUGUGCACUAUUUCAGCCUCUUGGUAAUGACAUAUCCUGUUUACUUCUGUGGUCAGAAGUCUGUUAUGUCGUUCAGUGGCGUCUCUUCACAGCCGAACUCUCUGUUCCUGUCUGACGCGGUAGAACCUGAUCUUUAUUAUUCCUGUGCUGCCAUGAGUUUUGUCUUUGUGUUUUCCUUCAGCCAUUGGUAGCACUUUGUAGGUAAAAAUCUCAGAGAUUUAUCUCCCCAUGAUGAUUCCACUUGUAGAUACUCUUGCAUAUUGAGAUUUUUUUGGGGGUCAUAUUUCAGGAUCUUCGAUGUUUCGUCCUGCCUGAUGCUCGCUAGCCCCUCUUUUAGCUUAGCAUACACUCUCAGGACGAAAAGCUAAAACCCUGCUAGUGCAAUGAAAGAAGUUUCCCUGCCUUACUUUAUAUCCAUUCUGGAGUUGAGCAGUUUAAUCAGAAGAGUGUUACUCUGUUCACAUUACCAGUACGCUGGUAGAGACCAGCUCCUUGUUCUAUGUGUUUCUGGUUCUGGACCCUCCGCUGUUGAGAAGCGACAGUCGCUGGAAGUCCAGAGUAAUAUCAGAUUAUCUGAUAUUGGAAUCUGUUUGGUGAUCUGAAACUUUUAGGCAAAAGUAAAACCAGAAGGAAUCUGUAAAGAGGGAAACCACAUUUUGUGGUUAUCAGAGGCCAUCAAUUAGGAUUCCCUUUGACAGAUUUCUGGAGAUUCCUCGGGUUUAGAGGAGUAGUGAUUUACUUAUGACUUGUGUAAAUUGUAGGCUGUUACAUUGAUUUUAAGAUUUUGAGAGGAAUUUUGCUCCAGCAAACUAUCUGAACAAUUUAUGUUUGGUGUGUGUUUAUGCAUUUAAUGGUUUCUGGCUGUGCGUAUUUGACUGUUGAAUGUUUUUUUUUUUUUUUUUUAUGAAGUAUCUUUUAAGUGUAGCUUUCAAAAAGUACAAAACUGUGCAAGGGGUUGUAAGAGAGCCCUCCCUCUCUCUGAUGUUAAAACAGUUUUUAUGUAGCAGAAAGAUCUGGGUUAUUUUUAAACCUUGACAGCUUUCACAUAUCUUCAGUAAUUAUAUAUUUUUUUUUUUGCUGUGGGGCGAUAUAUCUGAACGCACUUUGUACUUCACGCCGCGACUUCGAACUAUACAGUGUUGCCUGAUAUUGUACACCAUUAAAAAACAGUGUUUGACUGCUCA